CGCCACCGAUCCGCUCCCUUCUCAACCGACCUAGACUCCGAGUUCCGCGUUAUCCGAAACAGCGGCCCUUGACCGAUGGGAACUGCUUCCGGAAAGGGGGGGCUAAUGUGGCGGGCUGCGCCCGAUCAAUCAUAUAGACUAUUCCGUUACACUCCACAGAUUCUACAUUCCACGUACGCUCAGAUCCUCGGCCAUUCUCAAUUGCAGAUCCUCAGCCAUUCUCGAUUGCCGAUCCUCGGCCAUUCUCGAUUGCCGACCCUCGGCCAUUCUCGAUCACUGAUCCUCGGCUACUACGAACGCGCAUAUAUUCAUCCGCCCCGAAGCUCCACCGCGUACGCCACCACAUAUGUGUAUAAAUAUCCAUCUUGAUCACUGAUU